UCUAACGUCAUAAUCUCAUUUUAUCGCAAUUUAAUUCAUCGUUGCAUCCCCACGCCGUACCCCGCUCAACGAAAACCUCCUAAUCCAGGAAUAUCCACCAUUUUCAACCAAAACCCACCUCGAAAAUUAUCCUUUCUUCUUCUUUUCUUUGGAAAUCACCAUUUUUCGUCUGUAAUUAAACUGGUUGUAGUUGAAUUGAUAAAACACAGAGUGGAUUUCUGGUUUGUUUUUGCAAAAUUAUGGCGGAGGAUUCUUCCAAACAAGUAAUGUAUUUGCAUGGAGAUUUGGAUUUGCACGUAAUUGAGGCGCGUAGCCUGCCAAACAUGGACUCAGUCUCGGAAAAUAUACGCCGCUGUUUCACAGCCUGCGACGCCUGCGGCGCCACUGACACUAAGGACGGUGGCGGCAGUAGACACCACGAAAGGAAAAUUCACCACCACCGGAAAAUUAUUACCAGUGACCCGUAUGUCACUGUUUCGGUACCGCAGGCUACACUCGCCCGCACGCGCGUGCUGCCUAAUUCUCAGAAUCCUAGAUGGAAUGAGAAGUUCUAUAUCCCCUUAGCCCAUCCCAUGGCGUUUUUAGAGUUCCAAGUUAAGGAUAAUGAUAUGCUUGGAGCGGAUGCAAUAGGAAAAGUCAAAAUUCCGGCGGAAAGGAUUGCCUCCGGCGCGAUCAUUUCCGGAUGGUUUUCCCUUACUGACUCGUCGGGAAAUCCCCCGAAAGCUGAUUCGGCGUUGCUACUUGAGAUGAAGUUCACUCCCUGUGAUGAAAACCCAUUGUACAAUCACGGCAUUGCGGGCGACCCGUCUCACAGAGGGGCUCGAAACACUUAUUUCCCAUUGCGCAAAGGGUGCUCUGUAACGCUGUACCAGGAUGCGCACAUUAGUAAUGAUGUUAAAAUGCCUGAGAUUAAGUUGGAUGAUGGAUGUGUUCGUGAGCACGCUAAAUGUUGGGAGGACAUAUGCUAUGCUAUAUCAGAGGCACACCACUUGAUAUACAUUGUGGGAUGGUCUAUUUUUCAUAAGAUCAAGUUGAUUAGGGAGCCCACCCGACCAUUGCCACGAGGUGGAGACUUGACGCUUGGUGAAUUAUUGAAGUAUAAAUCUCAGGAAGGGGUUCGAGUUCUAUUGUUGGUAUGGGAUGAUAGGACGUCCCAUGAUAAGUUCUUCAUUAAUAAGGCAGGAGUAAUGAAUACCCAUGAUGAAGAGACCAAGAAGUUCUUUCGGCACUCAUCUGUCAUAUGUGUCUUAUCACCACGUUAUGCCAGCGGUAAACUUAGCUUUGUGAAACAACAGAUUGUUGGAAGUCUUUUUACGCACCACCAGAAAUGUGUUCUUGUCGAUACACAAGCCUCUGAUAAUAAUCGAAAGAUCACUGCAUUUUUAGGCGGUCUUGAUCUAUGUGAUGGCCGUUAUGAUACACCUGAACACCGUUUAUUCCGUGGUCUCGAUACUGUAUUCAUGGAUGAUUUUCAUCAACCAACAUUCCCUGCAGGAACCAAGGCUCCAAGACAGCCAUGGCAUGACUUACACUGCAGAAUAGAUGGGCCUGCUGCAUAUGAUGUCCUUGUAAACUUUGCUCAACGUUGGAGGAAAACAACAAAGUGGAGAGAAUUUAGUUUUUUUAAGAAAAAGAUAUCUCGUUGGCAUGAUGAUUCUAUGAUAAAAAUUGAGCGGAUAUCGUGGAUACUCAGUCCUGCCUUUUCCGUUGCGAAGGAUGGAACCUAUACAUCUUUUCCACAGGACGAUCCUAAGCUUCAUGUGUCUAGUGAAGAGAACCCAGGAAAUUGGCAUGUGCAGAUAUUCCGAUCCAUUGAUUCAGGGUCAGUUAGAGGCUUUCCCAAAUACUAUGAUGUUGCUCAGUCUCAGAACCUUGUCUACUCCAAGAACCUGGUGAUAGACAAAAGCAUCCAAAUGGCAUACAUUCAGGCGAUAAGAUCUGCUCAGCAUUUUAUCUAUAUUGAAAAUCAAUACUUUCUUGGAUCAUCAUAUGCUUGGCCAGCAUACAAAGAUGCAGGGGCUGAUCAUCUAAUCCCAAUGGAGUUAGCGCUGAAAAUUGCUAGUAAAAUAAAAGCCAGGGAGAGAUUUGCAGUAUAUGUUGUUAUACCAAUGUGGCCUGAGGGCAACCCCAAAGAUAAUGUUAUGCAAGAAAUUCUUUUUUGGCAGUGCCAGACAAUGAAGAUGAUGUAUCAAGUGGUUGCACAGGAGCUCAAAUCUAUGCAACUUGUGGAUUCACACCCUCUAGACUAUUUGAAUUUCUAUUGCCUUGGGAACAAAGAAGAAAUUCCAGAUACAAUUGCUCAAUCCACAGGAGAUGCUGAUAAGGAUUUUUAGUUAGAAGCUUCGCCAGGAGCAAGCAAGAUGAGGGCGCUCUGUUUGUAGACAAGGCUCGUCCAUCUGUAUGACCCCAUAACUCUUUUCCCAUAACAAACAAGCGAAAUUGAAAUUCCCAGGCUGAGUAAUUCUUUCCUUUGAAUUUCACACCAAAAGAGUCGAAACUACUAGUAGCCAUUGUAAGGGAAUAAGUCUAUUAAUAUGACUCACGCUUAAUACACGAGUUCACACCAACAGGUUUAAGAUAGUCCAAUAUCAAGGCCCAACAAAAUAGUAGCAAGCUAAUUUAAGUAUGCCUAAUAAGUAGCAAGCCCAAUAAAUAGAAGCCCAACAGACUAUAUCAAGCGCAAUUAACCCAAUCAAAUGAAUUAAUACCAGACAAAACACACCUAACAGGCAAUAGAAGUACCUUUGGACCAAACACCAAAACGUCGGCACCAUCCAAUCCAGUUGCUUCAAUUUUUACUGAGGAAGAAAAGCCAACAGCACCUCAAGCGACGACCUCUAGGCUGUCCAGAGAAGUAGUGCCAAAAUCUGCCACACGAUAACACACACAAGUCCAACAGAGAUGCAAUUCGCGUCGAUGCUUUCUUUAGAUAUCGACAAUUCAACCCAAUAGAGAUGCGAUACCACUAGUGAUGUGAACCCAGUUGGCACGGUCACUAUUGAAUCCACAGGAUAUUGACACCGGAUCCCAAGAAAGCCAAGAACAAGGUUUUGGACUCGAUCCACAAUAUUGGAACCAAGCAACCUAACAAGAACGGCGCUGUGAAUGACCUCUUGAUUACGCAAUACGAUUAAUUUUACCCGGAAUUGUGGAUCUGACUCAAUAAUCACGAACCAAACAACCAACACAGUCACAUGAACAUGUCGACCUUUUGAUUACAAAUAAUUAAUUAAAAUCACACCCGUUGUUUUGAAUGCCAUAAGAACAAUUAAUUCUUGAUAAGUUCAGUAUUCAAGAAGAACAAGAUAAUUUGAAGCAAAAGCUUCUUGAGAGAAUUCUCCAUUAAUUCAUCAUAAAAAGUCUUGUUUACAAUAAUGAGAAAAUAAGUUUUUUAUA